AUGGCGCCCGGGCGCUUCCCGCGCCCCGCGGGCCGCGCGGCGCACCGCCCGCCCCGCGGCGCGAGGGGCGGCCUACCCGCCAAAGUGGCGCCGCAGGAGCCGCUCGCCACCGCGGCCGCGCCGCCGCGGGCGCCGCGCCUGCGGCCGGCCUGCCCGGCGGGGGAGCCGCCGCCCCUGGAGCUGCCCGAGGCUGCGCUGUCGGAGGAGCCCACCCACGCGCGCCUCCAGGGGGCGACGGCGCAGGAGAUGGCCGGCUCGACGCUCCCCCCGUUGGACGCCUCUGGCGCGGAGCCGCCCGGGCCCGGGAUCCUCCCCUGUGCCGCGGCGCUCCUCGGGCUGCUCGGCACGCCCGGCGCGGUGGCGUUCGCGGCGCGCGCGCACCCGGCGUGGCCCCACGGCGCCGACGAGGAGCAGACCCCGGAGCGCACGUAG